AUGGACUUUGGACAACCCAAUAGUGAACCUGAAGAUUAUAUUGAUCCUGAAGAGCCGCCAGAUGAUCAUUUAACGCGGCCUGAUAUGGAAUAUCUUGAUAACGAUAAUGAAGUUAAAGUUAAUGAUGAUCACAAUGAAAGUUAUGAUCAUUUAACAUUUGAUCAACCAGAAAUCAAUAUAUCAUCUGAUACUAACAUCCAAUCGUACGAUGACCAUUUAACCACUGAAUUCGAUGUUGUUGGUGAAUUUGAUGAACAUAAUACACUUGAUGAUGAAAAUAAUCAAGAAGAUUCGGAUUUACCCAAUAAUUUGAUUCAUCAGAACGAUCGAGCCGAUGAACUUGAAGUAGAAGAUCGAAUAGUGCGUUAUGCGAUGCAUCAGUGGCAUGAAGAAACUUAG